AUGGCUCUGGGGUACCGGUUCCCUCUUCUCCUGUGUCUGCUGGCGCUCUUUCAAUUUGCCCUGGCGCAAAAAUGCUGGCGAGAUGUCACAUGCGCCGGACCGAAAGAUAGCGCCUUUCCAGGGCCGUGGGAGGAAAACAUUUACGCGCCAUCGUCCAGAACCGUCAGCCCUAAGCGGACGAUCUUAUCGCUGGCCAGACCGAACGCCACGGUCGAUUAUCAAAAGUCUAAACCGUACACGUUGCGCGGAAAUGGAUCGGCAGUGGUGUUCGACUUCGGGAUCGAGGUGGGCGGCAUCGUCACGCUGAAUUACACCUCUAAAGGCGGCCGCGGCGCCCUGGGCUUGGCUUUCUCCGAAGCGAAAAAUUGGAUCGGAGAAUGGUCGGAUUCCUCCAAUGGUGCCUUUAAGGGUCCUGAUGGUGCUUUGUAUGCUAAUUUCACGAAAGAUGGGUCCACGUCGUAUGUGAUGCCGGACGAGUCUCUUCGUGGAGGGUUUCGGUAUUUGUCGGUAUUCUUGGUCACAGAGGAUCAAGUUUCGGUCGAUGUUGAUGCCGUGAGCUUGGAGAUUGGUUUCCAGCCUACCUGGUCUAAUCUGCGGGCGUACCAAGGUUACUUCCAUUCCAAUGAUGAUCUCCUGAAUCGCAUCUGGUACAGUGGGGCCUAUACGCUGCAGACCAAUGCUGCCCCUGCGGACACGGGUCGUCAGGUGCCGAUGCUCACGAAAGGAUGGGCCAAUAAUGCGACCAUGGGACCUGGAGAUACGAUUCUUGUGGAUGGUGCGAAGCGAGAUCGUGCCGUAUGGCCGGGCGACAUGGGCGUAGCAGUUCCAGCGGCGUUCGUUAGCACUGGCGAUUUGGAAAGCGUAAAGAACGCCCUGCAGACAAUGUAUGAUACUCAGGAUAAAUCAACGGGCGCUUUUGACGAAUCAGGACCACCGCUGAGUCAAAAAGACUCGGACACCUACCACAUGUGGUCCAUGAUAGGAACGUACAACUAUCUGCUGUACACCAACGAUACCUCCUUUCUCUCGAAGAACUGGAACAAGUACCAAAAAGCUAUGGACUAUAUCUACAACAAAGUAGAUAACUCAACCGGUCUGCUGAAUGUCACCGGCACGCGCGACUGGGCCAGAUGGCAGCAGGGACUCUACCAUACCCUGACAACAGGUGCACAGCUAGCCUCCUGGGCAGGCUCCAGCACCCUCACAAACAAAUGGAACGCCCAAGCAACAGGCCUGGCACAGUCCAUCAACGAGUAUUGCUGGGACGACGAGUACGGUGCAUUCAAAGACAACGCCACAAUUACAGCGCUACACCCACAGGACGCAAACAGUCUAGCCCUUCUCUACGGAGUCGUUGACCCAGAAAGAGCCAGCAGGAUCUCCAAGAAUCUACUGCAAAACUGGACCCCGAUCGGCGCAGAGACACCCGAGUUACCGAAUAACAUCUCUCCAUUCAUCUCAUCCUUCGAAAUACAGGGCCAUUUUGAGAUUGGCCAGUCCGCCCGAGCGCUGGAGCUCAUCCGACGAAGCUGGGGCUGGUACCUCAACAAUCCCAACGGUACCGAGAGCACAGUGAUCGAGGGAUAUCUAGUCGACGGCUCCUUUGGAUACAGAUCCGGCCGCGGGUACGGUAACGAUCCAUCGUAUGUCUCACAUGCACAUGGGUGGUCCGCUGGUCCAACGAAUGCGUUGACAACCUACCUCCUGGGUCUCUCCGUCACGUCGCCGCGCGGCCUGACGUGGAAAAUUGCGCCGCAGUUUGGCGAUCUCAAGACCGUCGAGGGCGGGUUCACGACUUCGCUGGGGAAAUUCCAGGCGUCUUGGGAUAAAGCCGGAUGGGUACACGCUGCAGUUUUCCGUUCCGCCUGGGACGAAGGGGAACCUAACGUUGCCAUAUGUGAGGAGCUCGGAGAAGCCGUCGAUCACGAUUGA